AUGGCUGACAGCAGCUCACCACCCUCGUCCUCAGCCGCCCAGGCCCCCGAGCCGGGGAUCACAGAGCAGCCGGGGCCUCGGAGUCCCCCUCCGUCCCCCCCAGGCCCGGAGGAGCCCCUGGAUGGAGCUGAUCCUGAUGUCCCGCACCCAGACCUGGCUCCUGUCGCCUUCUUCUGUCUGCGCCAGACCACCAGCCCCCGGAACUGGUGCAUCAAGAUGGUGUGUAACCCGUGGUUUGAGUGCAUCAGCAUGCUGGUGAUCCUGCUGAACUGCGUGACCCUGGGCAUGUACCAGCCCUGCGACGACAUGGACUGCCUGUCUGAGCGCUGCAAGAUCCUGCAGGUCUUUGAUGACUUCAUUUUCAUCUUCUUUGCCAUGGAGAUGGUGCUCAAGAUGGUGGCACUGGGCAUUUUCGGCAAGAAGUGCUACCUCGGAGACACGUGGAACCGCCUCGACUUCUUCAUUGUCAUGGCAGGGAUGGUGGAGUACUCCUUGGACCUUCAGAACAUCAACCUGUCGGCCAUCCGCACUGUGCGUGUCCUGAGGCCCCUCAAAGCCAUCAACCGCGUGCCCAGCAUGCGGAUCUUGGUGAACCUGCUCCUGGACACGCUGCCCAUGCUGGGCAAUGUCCUCCUGCUCUGUUUCUUCGUCUUCUUCAUCUUUGGCAUCAUUGGCGUGCAGCUGUGGGCUGGCCUGCUGCGGAACCGCUGCUUCCUGGAGGAGAACUUCACCAUACAAGGGGAUGUAGCCCUGCCGCCCUACUACCAGCCUGAGGAGGACGACGAGAUGCCCUUCAUCUGCUCCCUGUCGGGGGACAACGGCAUCAUGGGCUGUCAGGAGAUCCCCCCGCUCAAGGAGCAGGGCCGAGAGUGCUGCCUGUCCAAGGAUGACGUCUACGACUUCGGGGCGGGCCGCCAGGACCUCAACGCCAGCGGCCUGUGCGUCAACUGGAACCGCUACUACAACGUGUGCCGCACGGGCAGCGCGAACCCGCACAAGGGCGCCAUCAACUUCGACAACAUCGGCUACGCCUGGAUCGUCAUCUUCCAGGUGAUCACGCUGGAAGGCUGGGUGGAGAUCAUGUACUACGUGAUGGAUGCGCACUCCUUCUACAACUUCAUCUAUUUUAUUCUGCUCAUCAUAGUGGGCUCCUUCUUCAUGAUCAACCUGUGCCUCGUUGUCAUAGCAACCCAGUUUUCCGAGACCAAGCAGCGGGAGCACCGGCUGAUGCUGGAGCAGAGGCAGCGCUACCUGUCCUCCAGCACCGUGGCCAGCUACGCCGAGCCCGGCGACUGCUACGAGGAGAUCUUCCAAUACGUGUGCCACAUCCUGCGCAAAGCCAAGCGCCGGGCCUUGGGCCUCUAUCAGGCCCUGCAGAGGCGGCGUCAGGCCCUGGGCCCAGGGGAACCAGCCCCUGCCAAGGCCGGGCCCCACACCAAGGAGCCCAGGCACUACAAGCUGUGCCCGCGGCACAGCCCCUUGGACCCAACUCCUCACACGCUGGUGCAGCCCGUGUCCGCCAUGCUGGCCUCUGACCCUGCCCACUGUCCACGCUGCCUGCAGGAGGCAGGCCGGCGACCCUCAGGCCUGGGCAGCACCGACUCCGGCCAGGAGGGCUCAGGAAGUGGGGGCUCUGGAGAGGCGGAGGCUGAUGAGGAUGGGCCCCAGAGCAGCGAGGAUGGGGCUUCCUCAGGCCUGGGGAAGGAGGAUGAGGAGGAGCAGCCAGACGGGGCGGCCUGGCUGUGCAGGGGCGUGUGGCGGGAAACGCGAGCCAAGCUGCGGGGCAUCGUGGACAGCAAGUACUUCAACCGGGGCAUCAUGAUGGCCAUCUUGGUCAACACCGUCAGCAUGGGCAUCGAGCACCACGAGCAGCCAGAGGAGCUGACCAACGUCCUGGAGAUCUGCAAUGUGGUCUUCACCAGCAUGUUCGCCCUGGAGAUGAUCCUGAAGCUAGCUGCCUUCGGGCUCUUUGACUACCUGCGAAACCCGUACAACAUCUUUGACAGUAUCAUCGUCAUCAUCAGCAUCUGGGAGAUCGUGGGGCAGGCAGACGGCGGGCUGUCGGUGCUGCGUACGUUCCGGCUGCUGCGGGUGCUGAAGCUGGUGCGUUUCAUGCCCGCGCUGCGACGCCAGCUCGUGGUGCUCAUGAAGACCAUGGACAACGUGGCCACCUUCUGCAUGCUGCUCAUGCUCUUCAUCUUUAUCUUCAGCAUCCUCGGGAUGCACAUCUUUGGUUGCAAAUUCAGCCUGCGCACAGACACGGGAGACACAGUCCCAGACAGGAAGAACUUCGACUCCCUGCUGUGGGCCAUUGUCACGGUGUUCCAGAUCCUCACCCAGGAGGACUGGAACGUGGUCCUCUACAACGGCAUGGCCUCCACCUCCCCCUGGGCCUCUCUCUACUUUGUCGCCCUCAUGACCUUUGGCAACUAUGUGCUUUUCAACCUGCUGGUGGCCAUCCUGGUGGAGGGCUUCCAGGCUGAGGGUGACGCCAAUCGCUCCUACUCGGAUGAGGACCAGAGUUCUUCCAACAUGGAGGAGUUUGACAAGCUCCAGGAGGCCCUGGAAGGCAGCAGAGAUCCCAAGCUCUGUCCAAUCCCCAUGACUCCUAAUGGGCACCUGGACCCUAGCCUCCCACUGGGUGGGCACCUGGGUACUGCCGGGGCUGUGGGCGCCGUGCCCCGCCUCUCUCUGCAGCCGGACCCAGUCCUGGUGGCCCUGGACUCCCGCAAGAGCAGCGUGAUGUCUCUGGGCCGGAUGAGUUACGAUCAGCGCUCCCUGUCCAGCUCCCGGAGCUCCUACUACGGGCCAUGGGGCCGCAGCGGGGCGUGGGCCAGCCGCCGCUCCAGUUGGAACAGCCUCAAGCACAAGCCACCUUCAGCUGAGCAUGAGUCGCUGCUGGGCAGCGGGGCCCGGGCCUGCGAGGGCGCCCGGGAUGAGGGGCCGCCCCGCCCCGUGCCCCUCCACGCACCCCACACCCACCACCUGUACCAUGGACCCCACUUGGCGCACCGACAUCACCACCAUCGCCGCACUCUGUCCCUCGACACCAGGGACUCGGUGGACCUAGCCGAGCUGGUGCCUGUAGUGGGCACCCACCCUCGGGCUGCCUGGAGGGCGACAGGCCUGGUACCUGGGCAUGAGGACUGCAAUGGUAGGAUGCCCAGCAUCGCCAAGGAUGUCUUCACCAAGAUGGAUGACCGCCGGGACCGAGUGGAGGACGAGGAGGAGAUGGACUAUACUCUGUGCUUCCGUGUCCGCAAGAUGAUUGAUGUCUACAAGCCUGACUGGUGCGAGGUCCGGGAGAACUGGUCUGUCUACCUUUUCUCUCCAGAGAACAGGUUCCGGGUUCUGUGUCAGACCAUCAUCGCCCACAAGCUCUUCGAUUAUGUCGUCCUGGCCUUCAUCUUCCUCAACUGCAUCACCAUCGCACUGGAGCGGCCCCAGAUUGAAGCUGGCAGCACUGAACGCAUCUUCCUCACGGUCUCCAACUACAUCUUCACAGCCAUCUUCGUGGGCGAGAUGACACUGAAGGUGGUCUCGCUGGGCCUGUACUUUGGGGAGCAGGCCUACCUGCGCAGCAGCUGGAAUGUGCUGGACGGCUUUCUUGUCUUCGUGUCCAUCAUCGACAUUGUGGUGUCUGUGGCUUCGGCGGGGGGAGCCAAGAUCCUGGGGGUCCUCCGCGUCCUGCGUCUCUUGCGCACGCUCCGCCCACUGCGGGUCAUCAGCCGGGCCCCAGGGCUGAAGCUGGUGGUGGAGACUCUCAUCUCCUCCCUGAAGCCUAUCGGCAACAUCGUGCUCAUCUGCUGUGCCUUCUUCAUCAUCUUCGGCAUCCUGGGGGUACAGCUCUUCAAGGGCAAGUUCUAUCACUGCCUGGGCGUGGAUACCCGUAACAUCACCAAUCGAUCUGACUGUGUAGCAGCCAACUACCGCUGGGUUCAUCACAAAUACAACUUUGACAACCUGGGCCAGGCGCUGAUGUCCCUCUUUGUCCUGGCCUCUAAGGACGGCUGGGUGAACAUCAUGUACAACGGACUGGAUGCUGUGGCUGUGGACCAGCAGCCCGUAACCAACCACAACCCCUGGAUGCUGCUGUACUUCAUCUCCUUCCUGCUCAUCGUCAGUUUCUUUGUGCUCAACAUGUUCGUGGGGGUGGUGGUGGAGAAUUUCCACAAGUGCCGGCAGCACCAGGAGGCGGAGGAGGCGCGGCGGCGCGAGGAGAAGCGUCUACGGCGACUGGAGAAGAAGCGCCGUAAGGCUCAGAGGCUGCCCUACUAUGCCACCUACUGUCCCACCCGGCUGUUCAUCCACUCCAUGUGCACCAGCCACUACCUGGACAUCUUCAUCACCUUCAUCAUCUGCCUCAAUGUGGUCACCAUGUCACUGGAGCACUAUAACCAGCCCACGUCUCUGGAGACAGCCCUCAAGUACUGCAACUACAUGUUCACCACUGUCUUUGUGCUGGAGGCUGUGAUGAAGCUGGUAGCAUUUGGCUUGAGACGUUUCUUCAAGGACAGGUGGAACCAGCUGGACCUGGCCAUUGUGCUGCUGUCCGUCAUGGGCAUCACGCUGGAGGAGAUCGAGAUCAACGCAGCCCUGCCCAUCAACCCCACCAUCAUCCGGAUCAUGCGAGUCCUGCGCAUCGCCCGGGUGCUGAAGCUACUGAAGAUGGCUACGGGCAUGCGGGCCCUGCUGGACACGGUGGUGCAGGCUCUGCCACAGGUCGGCAACCUGGGUCUUCUCUUCAUGCUUCUAUUCUUUAUCUACGCUGCCCUGGGAGUGGAACUCUUUGGGAAGCUGGUGUGCAAUGACGAGAACCCGUGCGAAGGCAUGAGCCGACACGCCACCUUCGAGAACUUCGGCAUGGCCUUCCUCACGCUCUUCCAGGUCUCCACGGGAGACAACUGGAAUGGGAUCAUGAAGGACACACUGCGGGACUGCACGCACGAUGAGCGCAGCUGCCUGAGCAGCCUGCAGUUUGUGUCGCCGCUCUACUUCGUGAGCUUCGUGCUCACCGCCCAGUUCGUGCUCAUCAACGUGGUGGUGGCCGUGCUCAUGAAACACCUGGACGACAGCAACAAGGAGGCGCAGGAGGACGCCGAGAUGGACGCUGAGAUAGAGCUAGAGAUGGCCCACGGCCUGGGCCCGACCCCCAGACCCCCCUCCAGCUCCCCGGGCGCCCCAGGCCUGGGCCCCGCAGGCGCAGGCAGCGGGGGUGACCCAGAGGGCCGCCUGUGCCGACGCUGCUACUCUCCUGCCCAGGAGAACCUGUGGCUGGACAGCGUCUCUUUAAUCAUCAAGGACUCGUUGGAGGGCGAGCUGACCAUCAUCGACAACCUGUCUGGCUCCAUCUUCCAUCACUACGCCUCGCCUGCUGGCUGCGAGAAGUGUCACCAUGACAAGCAGGAGGUGCAGCUGGCGGAGACGGAGGCCUUCUCCCUGAACUCAGACAAGUCCUCGUCCAUCUUGCUGGGGGAUGAGCUGAGUCUCGAGGACCCCACAGCCUGCCCACCUGGCCCCAAAGACAGCAAGGGUGAGCCGGACACGCCCGAACCCAUGCAGCUGGGGGACCUGGGUGAAUGCUUCCUCUCUUUGUCCAACACGGCGGUGCCCACCAGCCCAGAGAGCUUCCUGAGCGAGAUGGAGGCCGUCCCCUUCAACCCUGUGCGGUCCUGGCUGAAACAUGAGAGCAGCCAAGCGCCCCCAAGUCCCUUCUCCCCGGACGCAUCCAGCCCCCUCCUGCCCAUGCCCUCCGAGUUCUUCCACCCUGCCGUGUCUGCCAGCCAGAAGGCGCAGGAGAAGGGCACCAGCACGGGGACCCUCCCCAAGAUCGCCCUGCAGGGCUCCUGGGCGUCGCUGCGGUCACCAAGUGUCAACUGCACCCUCCUCCACCAGGCCACCGUGAGUGACACAUCGCUGGACAGCCCCAGCAGCUCGGCGGGCAGCCUGCAGACCACGCUGGAGGACAGCCUGACCCUGAGCGACAGUCCUCGGCGCGCCCUGGGGCCGCCGGUCCCCGCGGGUCCCCAGAGCGCCGGGCUGUCACCGGCGGCCCGGCGCCGCCUCAGCCUGCGGGGUCGCGGGCUGUUCAGCCUCCGCGGGCUCCGCGCCCACCAGCGCAGCCACAGCAGCGGCGGCUCCACCAGCCCGGGGUGCACGCAGCACGACUCCAUGGACCCCUCGGACGAGGAGGGCCGCGGUGGCGCGGGCGGGGAGCACUCGGAGACGCUCAGCAGCCUGUCGCUCACCUCCCUCUUCUGCCCGCCACCUGUCCCGCAGCCAUCCGGCCUCCCCCGGGCCAGGAAGUCCAGCAGCACCAGCAGCCUGGCCGCCCCGUCUGGUCACCGGCAUCCUGCUGCCCCGAUCCCCAGCCUGGCCCGGAGCCCUUCGUGGGCGGCUGAGGACCGCAGCAAGGACCCACCGGGCCAGGCCCAGCCCAGCCCAGCCUUGGGGCCCUCGGCGCCAGAGCUGCAGCCACCCCCCGGGGAUCUGGAGGCCACAGAUGCCAUGAGCAAGAGGAAGAGAUGAGAGGUGGCAGGGGCCGCGGCUGGUGGCCAGAUGGAUGCGUCUGUCCACCCGCCCGCCCCGUUUCACCUUCUUUUACCUCAGGAGCCAGGGAGCAGACAGCAAUACUUUGUCCACACCUGGGAGUGGCCUGGGGCCAGCUGGGGCCAGCCGGGGCCAGCCAGGGCCAGCCCUCUGAGCCUGCGCCGAUGGAGGAGGACCUGGGUUAGCCGAGGCUAAGAUGUGGCCCCCACCCCCACCCCUGCGGUGGCCAGGUGUGGCCCUUCCAGUGCAUAUGCAUACAUAUAU